UUCUCAUCGUGUUUUUCUCACUGUAUUGAACAACGACGACGACCAAAAACAAGACCAAGACCAACCUCACAAUCUGAAUUUCUGAAUUCACUCUUGAUUAAGCAGCAAAAGCAUGACGCACGUGAACAUCCAUUUGGCGCCUGCGACGGAGGCCGAGAAGGAGCAGCUGGCCCAGCUGCGGUCGGAAUUUAACGAGCCGCAUCCAGCAAUGGAGGGCGAGCAGCUGCUGCUUCGCUUCCUGCGCUUCCACCACCACGACCUGAAGGCCACCGAGCAGCAUGUCAAGCACUUCUUUGACUGGCGCCAGGACUUCCGCAUCGACGACCUCACCAUUGCAGACGCAAAGCCCUUCCUCAAGACCAAUUUGCUCGCCAUGCUCGACAAGACCGACAGCCAUGGACGACCGAUCGUCAUGGUGCGCUGGCGCAACUUCCACCCAGAGUCAACGAACGUUGCGGACAUGCUCAAGGCACAGGCGUACUUGUUUGACACCUUGUUCAAGGUGUCCUCGCCGGCGCCAAUUGACGGGUUUAUCGCGCUGUGCGAUUACUCGGAUUGGGCGCUCAAGCAGUCGAGCCCGCAACUCGUCAAGUUGACGUUCGAUCUCGCUCGUCGCUACCCGUUCACGCCAGUCACGUAUGCCGUGAACGUGCCGUGGUACUUUCGCGUCGUGUGGGCGUUUGCCAAGCCAUUCAUGAGCCAGGCAGCCAUUGAUUCCUUCUCGGUGCUCUCCAUGAGCGAGCUCGCUGAGCGCCUCACGCCCGACCAGCGUGAACCCGAACUUGGCGGCACGUUGCAGUUCAACUUGGACGAGUGGAUUGCCGGGCGAUUCAAGGCAGAGGGCAUCGACGAGGCCAACCCUGGUGCGCCGCACUUGGCGUUCGACGACGCUUUGGCAAGGCUCGAGGUUACCUAUGGAAGCGUGGCCUCGCACGCGCGUCUGGAGGGCUCGCUGCAAAAGCAGGGUGGAGGUGGCUACUUUGGUACUUCCUCGUGGAAGGCGCGCCAGUUUGUGCUCGCCCGAGACAACUUUGUCUACUACUUUGCCGACAGAAAGAGCAGCAGCAAGCCUCACCGCACGUUCGAUUUGGCGACCUGCACUGUCGAAGCUGCCGACGAGAAGGCAGACAAGCCCCACACCUUCUACCUCCAUGCUGGUGAUCGCCGCAUCACCCUGGCGGCUGCCUCUGACGCGGAGCGCGCGAAAUGGAUUGAGGCGCUGCAGUCUGCCAUCAACGAGCGGAAGGAUUCGGCCAAGGCCGAGCAGGAAGUGGCAGCAUCCAAGUGAUUGAGUGUGGGUUUUUUUUUUUUUUGUUUUGCUGUUGUUGUUGUCGCUUUCAGUUUCAGUAGUGGUGAUGUGCACAUUUGUGCAUUACAACGCAUCACGUGUAGCUUCAUAAAAGCGCUUGCUGUGAAGCAAUCAGCUCUUCGUUUUUAAAAUGUUCCGACAACGUGCACAAACAGAAUGCAAAGAAGUCUCAACAUACAUUUACUGUAUUCAUCCAA